AGAGGCAGGAGGAACGGCAGACGAGGAUAGAGAGAGUGACGGAGAGGAUAGAGAGCGUCUGAGAGAGAGGAUCCGCAUGCGGGACAGAGAGAGAAAACAGCAGGCAGACACUGGACAGCUUUUUUUUUUACUUGCAUCACAACUGCUACAGCAGAGGAAAUGCUUAUGUGAAGAGAAAAAGUAACUGUGCAUAGUUAGCAGAAGCUGUCUUCGCUUGUAUUGAGAAAAGCAGGAAUUGAUGAGUUGCUGCAUCUUAGAGUGUCUCGUCAUGGAUGACUCUAGGGAACCUACUGAAUAGAUCUCAGCGCUGCAUCAUGGUUCAGCAAAGAACCCACAAAUACUCGUCAGUCAUGGACAGCAAUUCAAGCAGGGAGGUGUUUGUGGGACUGGCGGCUGAGGACGAUGCUGAAGUGUUUGGACAUGUACCUUCUAACAAAGACCCCAACUGGUGCAAAACUCCAACUGGGCACAUCAAGAGACCAAUGAACGCUUUUAUGGUCUGGUCUCAGAUCGAGAGACGGAAGAUCAUGGAGCAAUGGCCUGAUAUGCACAAUGCCGAGAUUUCAAAGCGCCUUGGAAAACGCUGGAAACUACUGCCUGACUAUGAGAAGAUACCCUUCAUCAAAGAGGCCGAAAGACUGCGUCUAAAGCACAUGGCUGACUAUCCUGACUAUAAGUACCGGCCCAGGAAGAAAAGCAAGGGUUCAACCCCUGUCAAACUUGGCGAGAAGUUGCCUAUGAAAUCCAGCAAGCCUCAUCCAGGAAGAUCUUCCGGGCUCUCCUGCAAAGGGCUUAAGAUCAAAUCUGCUUCUACAAAGCAUAAAAUGAACUUCAGUGGCAAUAAAUACAAGAGCUACAGUGAGAGCAUGAGCGACGACGACACCAUGGAUGUAAACCUAGAAAGUCCAGUGACUCAGCAAGACGAUCGCAACACUUCAAGUCACUUUGUCCUUCACCAGCAGGCUACUGUUCAAUCUGAGGACCAGCAACCAAUUCCUGAGCUCAGAGUGAAAGUGCCCAUCUCUCAAACCAGCAGCAUCCAGAGUCUCUCCUCGGACAGUGAAUGCCAGGCUUUCCCAGAGUCCACAACGAGUGAACCACGAGGGUCAACGUCUGGAAGAUCUUCCACUCCGACCUCGACCAGCUCCUCCUCUUUGGUGUCGUCAGCAUGUUCGGACGAGGAACUGGAUGAGGAACUCUUGCAUAUAAUUUCCAACAGUAUGCCUAUGGACUGCUCUGCUCUGGACAAGGACUUCGAAGCAUUUAAUGCCAACUCAGGAUCUCAUUUUGACUUCCCAGAUUACUGCACUCCAGAGGUGAAUGAAAUGAUUUCUGGGGACUUGCUCGUGCCCAGCAUCUCAGACCUAGUGUUCACCUACUGAAUUUGAGUCUUCGUAAUGUGGUCAGGCCUGCAUAGCUGCCAAGUUGAAAAUAUGUUGUCCAUGUUGUACUUGGACAAUACCUUUUUUCCAUGUGUUUAUUUUUCUCAAUGAAUUCCGUAAGUGCUAUUGCUUUCCUUUCCAAGCAUGUCACAUCUUGUUGGUUUAGCGAACACACACAGGGGUUUGCAGAGCUGUUCGUCAAAGAAGACAUUUAGAUUUUGUUUAACACUUCAGAAGCAGCAGGGUGUAAUUCUUGGAGAAAAUGUCUCACCAGCUGUUUUUAAACUCCAAGUAUCUUAAUGGGAAGCAAAGAUCAAACAAAAUUACAAUUCUGUCAUCAUUUAUUCACCUGCAUGACUUUCUUUCUUCACAAAAUGCAAACAUUUGAAGAAGGUGUUGAAUGUUUUGGUCCGAUUAAUGGGCCAAAACAACACUAGACACUACCGACUUUCAAUCUGUGAGACAUUCCACAAAACCUCAUCUUUUGUAGUCCACAGAAGGCCAUGGGUGAUGACAAUUUCCAUUUUUCUGCGAACUAGCCCCAUCAUAUAUGCAGUACUGUCAUCUUCAGGACUGCUCAUAACACAAACUCUUAAUCUUUAUUAAAUCCAAUAUCAUUUCCUUCAAAGUUGCGCACAUGUCCGCUGACAGUGUUGGUGCAUUAAUAACCUAAAACACUGAGGCAGAAAAGAUGAGUGAAAUCUUCCCACAGCACUUACAGUAAAGCCUCAGUAACCUUGCAGAGGAAAUCACUGCAGACACAUAAUUCAUAUCAUAUACUUUAAUUAGGUAAUAGCACUUUCAUCACCUUGCCAUUGCUGCAGACAUUAAGACACAUGUGUGAUUUAAAGGCAGCUCUGCAUCGGCCCAGUGUGCAGGUGUGUGUGUGUGUGUGUCUGUGUGCGUCAAUGUGUGCCUGAACUGUUUGGACUGUGGACAAAAGGGGGGAUAAGGUUAGGGUUUGGGGGGGGGUUGGGAUUGGUUCUUUCAGGGAACUGUGCAUCUGUCCAUGCAGGCAGCAGCUUUUAUGCAGGGGUCGGACUCUGCGCUUACCGAGCGUCUGCCGGGGUGGGGAGGUGUGUGAAGGGGGGCUCCUGCACCGGUUCGCUGAAAUGCAUGUCAUGUCUGCAGUCUGGCUGCAGCUGCCCCGAUCAGGGCGAGAAAUCUGUGUCUGCCAGCUGGCCCCCAUUGACUCUCUCAGGGAUCGUUUGUCUAGGUCCUAGUGCCUCCCGUAGGUAAUUCAUCUGUGAUGAUCUGUGUGCACGUGUGUGUGUGUGUGUGAGAGCGUCUCUUUCUCUCUCGGAGAAACCAUCCGAAGCCAACUGAUGGACUGAAUGCCCUGAUUUCUCAAAAAAGGAAGAUCCGUCCUCUGUUUUCUUUUUAUUUCACCCACAUGCUCUUAUUAAUUUCAGUUCAGUUGGCGCCCGGGAGACUGGCAUUAUUUACCUCCCACCAACAGUUGUCAGAGAAGGGACAACAAACCCUGCAGUUCAUAUCUUACAUAAACUGUUAAUCCUCGUCGAUUUGCGACGUCCUGUGAAGAUGCAGCGGCAUGCUGUGCAAAGUGAAGGAACACAAAAGGAAAGGGACCCGCUGUGUGUUUGCUCUUGGUUUAACCUCACUGUUUGGACUGCAUAAUGACUACUUUUGUCACAUUGACCACAGAGGCAUACAACAGUCUGUGUUUUCUUAUUGUAGGAAAGAGUUGACUAGACCAGUAUUUUUUCUAACCCAUGAUAGUUUGCAAAAAUCUUAGUUUUAUCAAGUGGUUUUUAGAAUGACAGAACUACACAUGUACUUCAGGUAUCUGUAUUUCAGCCGAAAAGAGAAAUGGCGUCAACCAAGAGGGCUGUCGGGAAAGAUGGACGCCAUUUGUGAUAUGAGGCCUUCAUUCAUAAAACACAAACAUAUGAGGAUUUCUUUCAGCUUGUAAAAAAACAUUGCCUCCACAUGUAUGUAUAGCACAGACAGAUUUAGUGCUGUAAAACGGAAAUGUUGGCAUUUUAAAUGCUCAAAAUUGUAGAAACUGUAGUAAUACCGCAAGUUAUUGGAAACCUCCAUUCCUUUAUGUGUGAGGUAAUGGACGGCAUUGUCUUCGUAAUGCAAAAAGGUCAUUUGUAUUAUGAAAAACCAAAAUCAAGUUUGCAUGUGUCAUGUGAAUAGAUACAACAAAAGGCUUGGGCCUUCAACAAUCAUCAGGGAAAUUAUUUCAGGAGAGCGACACGUUCACUAUUUUGGAAGAUUCAGCGCUACUGAAAUUGUGAGAUGGCUCGCCAUACCUGAAACUCACACACAGGAACCAGUCUUUGCAUUAAGACAUUUGUCAAUCAAAUCUGUCUCUGUACACUCUUGAAUUGUAUCAGGUCACACACUGAACCAAUACAGUACCAAACACCAGCAGUCAAUUUAACGGACUCAGGACUAAAAACAUCAGCCCACUGUGGAUCUGCUUUGAUUCAGCCAUUACUAAAAUGCACUCUGUUUGGCCAUUGUAUGUCAUUGUAGAUGAUCUGCAAAAGAACUGUAUGUAGCAUCAAAGGUCAAUUUGCAAAGUUGUACCUUUUUAAAUAUUAAAUAUUUUAAAAAUGUCACAAUUCCUUUGGGUGCAUUUUUCAGCUGUAAUUAAAACAUCUAUUUAAA